AUGCCACUAGCUCCCCCGCAAAGAGAUGUGAGGGAAGAUCGACAGUUAUAUCCGCCGGGGGUUGAAGAAGGGAGACGCAGCAAGAAGCAGCAGAGAGGAAGAGAGAGUCCUGGUCUCUCCCUCGUUGCUUUUUGGGCUUCCCGCGGUGCACUGCAUGUCUUGACCCUCCUUAGCCUUCUUUUUUUUUUUGCUAGCUACGGGAACAGCACUCGAGCCACUCUCUUGUCUGUGGGCAGCUGGCGGCAGUGCGGUUCGAUAUCGAUGUCGACGAACUAUGAGGCCAUCGUGGAUCCCUGGCCGGAGUUCAUGGAGUUCAAUUGGACUGUUGCAGGAGCACAACAAGAAGAAAAAGAAGAGGAGGACGAAGAAGAGGUCGAGGGCCCCAGACGGCCGAUUCCGAUCGAUCUGCCACGGAGAUGCGUAUUAUAG